GCAUGUCUUGACUUCUGCCUGCUCUGCUGUCUCGCCCAGGUCCCAAGUUUGAUUAGCGGCCUAAUUUCGAUUGCUAUGGGGGACAAAGAGGACUUUCUCGGCGUCAGUGUGUCGCCGGCGAGCAAGGAAAAGAAGCUGAUGAACUGCACUCAGAAUGUGAAAUUCAUCGGAGAAGCGGCUGAAAGCCAUGAACUUUGCUGCACAGACGUCAAGGUUGUUUGCGGACAGGGAUUCCACACGUCCGGCUCCUCCAAGCUGACUUACAAGAACAUCGUCGACUUCAACUGGGAGUCACGCUACUACACUGGACAACUCAUUGCCGUCCACUGCCGUGGCCGCUACUUUGCCUAUGGAUUGAAAACUGUGAAAGGUGACGCUGGAGCAAAUAAUGGAGUGAUCAGAGUCGUCAGUGAGAAUUCUGGAAAGAGGGCCUUGAUCAGAGGCCUCAAAGGAAUGGUCCAGGAUUUGGCUUUUUCUCACAUCAGGGAAGAGGUUAUUCUGGCGUGUGUGGACCCUCAGGGCUCUCUUUUUGUUCAUUCCAUCGAGGAGGGUACCUCGGAGCUAAAGUGUCAACUAGUACUUCAUGUGGAGAAAAACUGUAGCUUGUCUGCCAACAUUGUCCAUCGAGUUGUGUGGUGUCCGUACAUUCCAGACGGAACAGUUGACAAAGAGGUGGCCGAGUUGCUAGUAUUGACAAGUGGCCAGAAGGCUGAAAUGUGGUGCGUGCCCAUUGUACACGCCAGCAUGGGUGCAGGGCCGCACAAGCCAGAGGACAUCACGGAAGGUGUCUUGAGAGUUCCUGAAUUUGAUCACACUAUUACCGAUGCUGCCUUCAGUCCUGACGGCUCGGCAAUUGCUAUUGCAACAGCAGGUGGCCUUGUUAGCUUUUUCCAGGUUUCAAAGGUUUACAUGCACAACAAAGCAGCACCUCGCUGCCUGCACUCGUGGACACCACACAAUGACCAGCCACUGACCACACUCCUCUUCCUAGACAACCACCAGGAGCACUCUCCUGAAAUACAAUUUUGGAAAUGGGCUCUGACAGGGGCCAAAGACAACACUGAAAUCAAACUAUGGGCAUGUGAAACCUGGGCCUGUCUCCAGACAAUCAAAUUUGAACCUGGCCCAAAUCGCGGUUUGGCAUCGGCCAAUAAGCUGGUCUUGAAAGCAGCCAUUGAUUUGUCUUCAAAAUACUUAGUGCUCUCGGACAUCAAUAGCCGAAUGCUCUAUGUUCUGCAAAUGCAAAUGGACAACAGUCCCGCCCACGUUUCUCUGGUCUCGGGUUUCAAUUUGCACCACCCUGCCAUUAGUUUUGCCAUUGUUGAGGCUGGAAUUAAAGCCAGGUUCAGACUGCUUGGACGAACUGACAUUCACUCGAGCCAUGAUGAUGAUGAUGACGACGACGAAGAUGAUUCUUCAAGAGCAGCAACAUGUGUAGUAUUAAAAAUGUACAUUGUCGGACCAAAGUCGCUGCAAGAGUGCCAGCUUGCUUUUGAGCCAAUUGCUGAACCUCCCACCAUAUCCCAUGAAACCUUAGAUUUCCCUGAUGAAAUUGCUGACAACAGUUGUCAGGACACAAUAGUAGUUGGUUCGGAAAGCUUGUCCACUCCGGUGAACACAUCUUUAGUAGACGCUUUGAAUGCCAGUUCUGGAAACAAUCUGAGUUCUGGUAACCUGAACUUGAUGACCCCUGAAGCUUUCACGUCUCCACAAACAAGGCAGGAAGAAAAUCCGUCUGUGGCUUCAACUAUCAGCACAGGCAGUAACAAAAAGUUGGAAUCAACUCCCAUUCCAUCAGCUCCGGACGUCUCUGCCAUACUUACUCAAUUGACUCAAAUCUCUCAGUCAGCAGAAGAGCAAAAUUUGAAUGCAGAUGAAUCUUUGAUCAUUCGUGUCAGAGACGGAGGAAUGGCCAGUGGUGGAAGCAGCCCAAGUCGAGAGGUCCAGCAAAUAUUGUCCCAAGACAAGGACGGUACGGGAAGUCUCAGUGAUGACUUCUUUGAGGCUAAAGAGGAGCAGCAGGACAUCACUAUUGAAGAAAUCAAUGUUGAGCCUAAGGAGGAACUGGAGUCUGACAAAUCAAGUUAUUCGUGGCCUCAAAUACCUCCCAUACCUGACAUGCCUCCUGCUUUGCAGGACAUUACUGAUGACGUGCCCAACAUAAAUGAUAUAGAUAUUCCGGAUAUUCCUGUAGUGCCAACAGUGCCUGAGCAAGCCGUCGAGCAGAACAAGGAAGUGCUUGAAGAGUUGCGUUCCCUGUCACGAUGCGUCCAGGCUUUGACCACCAUUAUAGAGGAGCAGCAGGUGCAAAUCAAGGAUUUGCAAACUCAAGUGCUGAGGACGGUGCCAAGGAAGGAUGUUCUUGAAAAUGCAGCUACGGUUGCUCUAGAAAAGGCACUCUCGAGACAGCUCAGUCGGCAGUCGCAGGCCAUUGAAAGUCAAAUCAAGCAGAAGCUGUCUGACAUGGAGAGUUCCAUGAGCAUUUCUUUGGCCAAGUCUGUCGAUGUCCAUGUGUACACCAAAAUGCAGAAGGUGUUUGAAACUGAGAUCCAGAAGAUGAUUAUGCCAAGUGUGAUCAGCAACAUGGAUCUGAUCAAGGGAUUGGUCCAGACAGAUAUCUCCCAAAAGAUGCAAGCAGCUGACAAGACUCUCAAUGAGAACAUUUCUAGACUUGUACACAACAAACAACUUCAAGACAAUUUGUCAGCCUCUCUUGCGGCCUCUCUUCAAAUGAGCAUGGCGUCCUGUUUCAAAGAAGUCCUCCUAGCCACAGUUGUGCCUUCGUUUGAGAAAACUUGCAAGACAUUAUUCUCUCAGCUAAACGAAGCAUUCUCUCGUGGAACUUCUGAACACUUGGCUGCUGUGGAAGCCCAGCUGGAAAAACAGCGUCUGCGGCAUCAAGAGAAAACCCGAGAGACGAACUCUCAGCUUGCUGCCUUGAGUGAUUCUGUGAGAAUCGGUCAUGACGCCACUGCUGCCAUGGUGCGAACUGAGCUGCACACAGCCUUGUCCAACAUCACCUUGAACCUUCAAGAAUCAGUCAUUAGAGCAACAAGAGAUGCUGUCAACGACUCUGUGACUAGAACCCUGCGUGAACAUUCCUCCAACAUCCACUCCCGCCCAGAGACUCCGCAGUCGAGGAUUGAUCCUCAGGCUCAACUGGCUUCUAUCCUCAACCUGGUGCAGCAGGGCCAGUUGAAUAGUGCCUUCCAGCAAGCACUCUCAGCCUCAGAUCUGCAACUGCUGGUCAAACUGUGCGAACGCGUCAAUCCCCAGCAGGUGUUCAGCAUGCAGCCAUGCCCCCUGCAGCAGCCUGUGCUACUCUCUCUCAUUCAGCAACUCUCAGCCGACCUCACAACAAACACUAGCUUGAAAGUCAGCUAUUUGGAGGAGGCGGUUGUGAAUUUGGUCCCUGACAGCGCUGGCACAAAGCAGUAUGUGCCCAACAUUGUGAGCUCUUUGCAAAAGCAGCUCAACUCCUUUAUCACCAUGCACCCUAAUGACAAGGUCGUUCGCCCCAUGAAGAUGCUUUUGCUGGCCACACAGGCCCUUGUUCCCACCACAAAGUAUUGAAUCGACGGAAAGUGAAAGAAUGAAUGGUACUUGGUGACUGAAUUGAUUGCAGACUUUUUUGUUUGUACACAUAGUUUUAAGGUGCUGCUCUGUUGUUUAAUUUUCUUUUUCUUUGUAUAAAUUAAUUUACUUUUUCACAUCAAGUGCCCCCCCCCCUCCCCAUUCUGUACCUUGGAAUCCUCAAUUAAAGUGUAAGUUUACAAAUCAAAUAUGAACAAA